CCUCGUCGAAACGGACGUCUAUAAAUCCAAUGGCUCCGAGCACCUCGAGCAUUCAGAGGGGUCAUUUCAACACAGCAAUUCAAUAACUAUGUUGCUAUCAAAAGUGUAUGCUGUGCUCUUUGCUGCUGCUGCUUCAGCGCAGCAAUUAAGCUCUCAACUUACCCAGAUUAAAGACUUCGGUCCCAACCCUCGCAAUGUUUCCAUGUACAUUUACGUACCAAAGAACCUCACCGCAAAACCACCAAUCCUAGUCGUUCCCCAUUGGUGCCACGGAACUGCUCAGGAUGCUUUUAGGGGGAGGCCGUAUGCUUCACUUGGAGAUCAAUAUGGAUUCAUUUCCAUCUACCCUGAUUCUCCAAACAAAGCAGACCAAUGCUGGGACGUCAGCAGCAAGCAGUCUCUUACACACAAUGGUGGUGGAGAUGCGCUGGGCAUCGUAUCAAUGGUCCGCUGGGCUUUGGAGAAGUAUGGAGGAGAUAAGAAUCGAGUGUUCGUCACUGGAACGAGUUCAGGCGCGAUGAUGACGAACGUUCUGAUCGGUUCAUACCCGGACGUUUUUGCCGCCGGCAGUGCGUGGGCGGGUGUUCCUUUUGGAUGUUAUGCAGCAGAUGGAUUCGGUGUAUGGAGCGACGACUGUGCUAAGGGAAAGAUCAUCAAGAAUGGCACUGAGUGGGCAGCUAUAGUGAAGGCGGCGUAUCCGGGUUACAACAGUUUCAGGCCGAAGAUUCAGGUCUUCCACGGCACAAAAGACGAUAUUCUCUUUCCUCAAAACUUGAAAGAAGAGAUCAAGCAAUGGACGGCUGUCUUGGGUCUGAGUAGCACUCCAACUUCAACUACUCCGAAUACGCCACUCAAAGGAUGGACACGGUAUCGAUACGGAACAACAUUCGAAGCGUAUGAGGCCGAAGGCGUUACUCAUGACAUACCGAAUCAAGCAGAUGUUGUGAUGGAAUGGUUCGAUUUGAAAUGCAAAGGCACGGGCUGCUAUUCGAGGAAGUCUGGCUACAGGACCUCAGUGUGAUUAUAACUAAAGUGGGUGGCGAUAGGAAGAUUCAAUUAUACUGAUUUUAUGCCAAAUGACCGUACAUAUGAUUUCAUUGAUUGAGUGAUUCCUCUAUCAACAACUGGAUGAACACACGUCAAUCAUGAUUGGACGAAUUUCGCGUUACAUAUGCACGCGUUAGUGUAACGAUAUCCUCCUCAUCCCUCACUGAUCCGGUUCAACAACCCAAAUGUAGAUUGUCUGCAAAUUAGAAGGUUACCAUCUCAAGAGAAUGGAGCGUAUCAGGCUGUAUAGAGGUGUUAAUCGGUCCAGUGACGUUAAUAACUGUCCCACCAUGUUGAGCAUACCAGUGUUGAUGCGACUCAAGACUUGUAGCAACUCCUACAGAGCUCCUUGUCCAUGGUGAUGACCUAUCUCUAAAUCAAUGCAACAUGCGCUCUUUAUCCUUUA